AUUGAUAUUAAUUGUCAAGUGUCACGUUCACGUUGUUGUGUUUUUAGAGGUUAAGAUCAGUGGUUUUAAACCUGCAAUUUUAAUUUUCUGUACACAAAAGAAGAUUUAUCUCUUUAUAGUUAUUGAACGUGACAGUGCAUACAAUAAAGUAAGAAAAUGCCGAAAUCAAAAAGGGAUAAGAAAGUGUCUUUGACAAAAACAAACAAGAAAGGUUUAGUGCAUAAACAGAAGAUUGUAGAAGAAAUUAGGAAUUCACUCUCUAAAUAUGAGCACAUAUUUUUGUUCACUGUUGAUAACAUGCGCAACACAAAAUUAAAAGACUUGCGCAAUGAAUGGAAAGACUCGAGAUUCUUUUUUGGUAAAAACAAAGUCAUGGCUGUAGCACUGGGCAGAACGAAGAGUGAUGAAGUAGAAGACCAGUUGAACCUCUUAUCAAAGAGAUUAAAAGGACAGUGUGGGCUUCUAAUGACAAACAAAGAUGUGCCUGAAGUAUUGCAAUGGUUCAAAGGCUUCAGUGAUGCAGAGUAUGCCCGAGCAGGAUUUGUGGCCACUAAAGAUGUAGUACUACCAGUAGGACCGCUGCCUGACUUCUCACACACAAUGGAGCCUCAUCUAAGAAAACUGGGACUCCCCACAUCCUUAGAAAGAGGUGUCAUUAAUAUUAUUAAGGAAUAUCAGGUUUGCAAAAAAGGAGUACCACUAACACCAGAACAAGCAAGUGUAUUGAAACUGUUAGGUAUACAAAUGGCAGACUUUAAAGUGGUGAUAAAGUGCCACUGGACUAAAGGGAAGGGUUUCCACAAGGACCUGGACAUACCUAGUGAUGAUGAGGGGGGCAAUGAUGAUGAUGAUGCGGAAGAAGACGCCAUGGAAGAAGAUGAAACAUAGUCUUAAUAGUAUUUUUAAGAAAUAUAUUUUGUUGUACACAA